GUCCUUUUUUCAUGGUUCCACUUUAUUUUGAAGCGCUUUCGGGGUGCGUCUGCGAGAAAAAAAACCCCAAAACGUUUCGAGAGGUCCGUGAAGGCAGCAGCGGGCUGUCAGCUGUGGAGAGGGAAGGUGCGUUCAGUUGAAGUGCGGUUUCGGGAGCGCAGCAGCGUCUCACUCUCUCCCACGGGCGCAUUGCCUCGCCUAUUGUUCGAUCAAACUCGUGUGUUUAGCCCUUUUUUUUUUUUUUUUUUUUUUUUAAACCCCCCCCCUCACUGCUUUUACGUGGAUACACGUCUCAAGGAAAAAAAAAACGUUUAUGGUCCUGGCUGAAGAUUUCACGAUGUCUCGCACCGACGAGGUUCACCGCUUGACGGAAAAUGUCUAUAAGACCAUCAUGGAGCAGUUCAACCCCUGCUUACGGAACUUUGUUGCCAUGGGGAAGAACUAUGAAAAGGCCCUUGCCAAUGUGACAUUUGCCGCCAAAGGCUACUUUGAUGCUCUAGUCAGAAUGGGUGAACUGGCGAGUGAAAGUCAAGGAUCCAAAGAUUUGGGGGAUGUUCUGUUCCAGAUGGCUGAGGUCCACAGACAGAUACAAGUGCAGCUCGAGGAGAUGUUGAAAUCCUUCCACAACGAGCUGCUCUCUGAGCUGGAGAAGAAGGUGGAUCUAGAUGCUCGUUAUCUGACUGCUGCCCUGAAGAAAUACCAGAUGGAACACAAGAGCAAAGGGGAGAGUCUGGAGAAGUGCCAGGCUGAACUGAAGAAGCUGCGCAGGAAGAGCCAGGGCAGCAAGAACCCCUCCAAGUACGGAGAGAAGGAGAUGCAGUUUGUGGAGACCAUCAGCAGUAAGCAGACUGAGCUGGACACCUUCAUCGCUGAGGGAUACAAGACAGCCCUGUCUGAGGAACGCCGCAGGUAUUGCUUCUUGGUGGAUCGCCAGUGUGCCGUGGCCAAGAACAGCAGCGCCUACCAUGGCAAGGGUAAAGACCUUCUGACCCAGAAGAUUCCAGUGUGGCAACAGGCUUGCUCAGACCCCAACAAACUGCCAGAGAGGGCCAUGCUCCUGGCCCAGCAGAUGGGCUCUGCCGCCCUCGGGGGUACAAGCCCCCUGCAUAGCUCCAAAUCCAAUCUGGUCAUCUCAGACCCUAUCCCUGGGGCCCAGCCUCUACCUGUGCCCCCAGAGCUGGCUGUCUUCAUGGGCAGUGGUCUAGGACACCCAGCGAGGCUGAUGGGCCCUGAUGGUAUGUCCAUGGUCAACGGGACAACAGGAGUCCAUGGGGAGGAAUAUUGGACGGAUGGAGGAACCAUGUCCGUGUCCCAAGUCAGGCCUUCAUCCCCUCAAACCCAGGCGCAGGGCCAGUCCCAGGCUCAGCCCCAGAGACAGGUCAGCGAUGUCUACUCCAACACCCUUCCUGUCCGCAGGCCUGCCCCGGCUAAGAAUAAGAACCCAGUGGGAGAGACACGGACCCUGCCCAGGUCCAGUUCCAUGGCAGCAGGCCUGGAAAAGAACGGGCGCGCCCGUGUGCAGGCCAUCUUCUCCCACGCUGCGGGUGACAACAGCACCCUGCUUAGCUUCUCUGAGGGAGAUGUCAUCACCCUGCUAGUGCCUGAAGCACGCGAUGGCUGGCACUAUGGGGAGAACGAGAAGAAUAAGAUGCGUGGCUGGUUCCCCUUCUCCUACACGCGCGUGCUGCCUGAGAGUGACAGUGAGAAGCUCAAAGUGAACCUGCAUCAUGGGAAAAGUAGCAGCACAGGGAACCUGUUGGAGAAUGAUGGAUCACUGCCUACACCUGACUACGGCCUGACCGCCCGGCUCCUGGCUCAGAGCCUAGCACAGACCCGCCCACGACCCUACAGCAUGGCAGGCUUUGGCACACAGCCUGCUAUUGAGGAUUAUGACGGCCGCUUUGCCACAAGUUUGGGUCCAGAAUUGUCCCGGUUCUGAGGGAACAGGACCUCCUGACCGUUCCUUGGAGGUCUACCUCCGGCCCACCUUCAUUGAUGACCGAUCUGCACCCAUCUUCUACUAGCAGCCUGCUGUCCCCCUUUUGUCCACUAAUGGGCCAUUUUUAAAAGGGAGAAAGAAAGAAAAUGACGUGUUUGAGUUGUGUGAUGUUGUUUUCAAGAGGGCCCAGAGGUGUGACUAGGGGGAGGGGGGGCGGAUCACCACCUCAAGGAACAUGUUACACUACUAAGAAUCUAGUUUCUCUGGAAAUUCACUCCGAGAAUUUCCGGUUAAUCCUCGUGAUGUUUUGCUUCCACAAACAUUGAAUGUCUCAGCUUGAGCGUUCGAGUGCAGGUGUGACAAUAGAUUUUAUUAGUUAUUUAGAUCCCACCAGUUGUGGAUAAGGUAUGACUAAUAGGUUUUUACUAGUGAUGCCGUCACAUUAUUAUUUAUCUGCACCUCUACUACGGGAUUUCUUUUUUUUUUUUUUUCUUCAGCACUAUACACUGUAAAUUUCAUUUGAGGAUUAUUUACGUUAAUGAGCAGUGAAGGCGCACUCUGCAUUAGUUAAGUGAGGCUAGAGGGUAAAAAAGAAGACGGUCAGUAAGAUUUUUUUCAGUGCAUCACUGUAAUAUGCACUGGAGACAAAGUGUAGAUUGGAUACUACUGCCACAGACAGCUAGAACUGAACAGUUGAUGAGUAAACUAUAUUUCUGCUUUUGUUAGGUUAUAUAGUACUAUAUAUAUAUUUACUAGUGGUGAUACAGUAUACCCAUAUUUUCAAUGUGGGAACUGUGCCUUCUACUUUUUUGUAAACAUAUGCGUCACACAGCAUUGACCCAAUCACUCUGGUUUGAGGACAUAUGCAUCACAGUUUAACUUGUAUUUUUGAUAUUCCUGAAAAUAUAAGUUUGUUUUUGUUUUGUUUGCUUUCAAUAUUGAUUCUAUAUAUUAUUAUUUUUUUCUUUACUUUACUUAGCAAGCUCCAGUACAGUGCAAUUGCAAUUCCACCAAAAUAACACAAGGAUAUUUUGAAUUGCUAUUAUUUCCUUCUCUUUAAAUUUCAGUGAUAUCUAAACUGCCAGAUAGCUGAGAAAUGAAAUACACUGCAUACAUAAUGGGUCUUUUUUCUUUUUUUAAAAUAUUAGCUUUGAGGGAGUGGUAGCUAAUCAGAUAAGGUACAGUAUUAUCACGGCUUAUGAUCAUUUAUUCUCAGUAUUAUACACUCAUCUGGGAGGAGAGCUUGUAGCAGAGGUAUUCAUCUACUGUAUGUGUGGGGAUAGUGAAACUGUAUGUGAUGGAAAAGCAAUGUGUAUGGUUGUGUGAAUGAGCUAAAAAACCUCUAGACUGCAAUAAACCAAGUAACAUCAUGAAAAAUUAAUUUUCUGUGGAUGAGUCACUUUACACUGAGUGAUAUGAUCCGGCUUUUAUUACAUAGCUUACCUGGGCAGCAAGUUUCAAAUGCAUUUUUUACUUUUAUAUAGCUUUCAUUGUCCAUUUCUCACUUUUGUCCCUGUUUGUAUUAUAUCUGUCCUGUACAGAAAGUGCAUAUAAAUUAUCCUGUCCAAAAUAAAUCUAAAUGGGCACAAACUU